CGCACCAGAGGCAGACAGCAAUAUUUGUCUUAUCACCAAAAUUACCACAUUCACACAGAAAACAGCUGCAGGAGGGAACACUGGGGAUACUGGAGUUACUGGAAUACUGAAAACUGCACUUCAACCUGCUGCAGAUUCUGGAUAAUGAACUGGGUGAGGCACGACUGAAAGUGAAAGUAACUUUCGAAACCAACUGACUUUUGUCCUGCUUGCUACGUUUUGAGCUUCACUCGGAGACAAAAUGUCUUCCAGAUCAGAGGAGGACCUCUCCUGUCCUAUCUGCCAAGAAAUCUUUAAAGAUCCUGUUGUUCUGUCAUGCAGUCACAGCUUCUGUAAAGACUGUGUGCAGAGCUGGUGGAGGGAGAAACAAGCACGAGAGUGUCCGUGCUGUAAGAGAAUAUCAUCAAAGAGUAAUCCACCUCGUAACCUGGCGUUAAAGAACCUGUGUGAGGCUUUUUUACUGGAGAGAGACCAGCGAGCUCCAGAGCCUCUCUGCAGUCUGCACAAUGAGAAACUCAAACUCUUCUGUCUGGACCAUCAGCAGCUGGUGUGUCUCAUCUGCAGAGACUCAGAAACACACGACAAGCACAGAUUCAGACCCAUCGAUGAAGCUGCACAGGAGCGCAAAGAGAAGCUGCAGAAAUCUCUGAAACCCUUUCAGGAGAAACUGAAGCUGUUUGAGCGAGUGAAAGAAAACUGCGAUCAAACAGCAGAACACAUGAAGGUCCAGGCCCAGCAGACAGAGAGGAGGAUUAGGGAGCAGUUUAAGAAGCUUCACCAGUUUCUACAAGAGGAAGAGGAGGCCAGGAUCUCCGCUCUGAGGGAGGAGGAGGAGCAGAAGAGUCAGAUGAUGAAGGAGAAGACUGAGGCUCUGAUUAGAGAAAUGUCAGCUCUUUCAGACACAAUCAGAGCCACAGAGGACGAGCUGAGAGCCGAAGACGUCUCAUUCCUGCAUAACUACAAGGCUGCAGUGGACAGAGUCCAGCAGCGUCCCCUGCUGGAGGAUCCACAGCUGCUCUCAGGAGCUCUGAUAGACGAGGCCAAACACCUGGGCAACCUCACCUUCAACAUCUGGAAAAAGAUGAAGGACAUGGUCUCUUACAGUCCUGUGGUUCUGGAUCCAAACACUGCCGAUCCAGAACUCAUCCUGUCUGAGGAUUUAACCAGCGUGAGACACGGAGAGCCACAACUGCUUCCAAAAAACCUGGAGAGGACCAAAUUCACCUGCUCCGUCCUCGGCUCUGAAGGAUUUAACUCAGGGACUCACAGCUGGGACGUUGAGGUUGGAGACAACAAGGACUGGGAACUGGGCAUAUUGGGAGAGUACAUCCAGAUGAAUGGACGCCUCCAGUCUGGACUGUGGAGGAUUUUGUUCUCAAACGGUAAAUUCACAGCGUUCUCCACAUCAGACCAGGAGAAACAUCUGCCAGUGAAGAAAAAGCUCCGGAGGAUCCGAGUCCAUCUGGACUUCGACAACGGAAAGCUGUCAUUCUCUGAUUUUGAUACUAACACACACAUACACACAUUUACACACAUCUUUACUGACACCCUGUUUCCAUACAUUUACACCGAGCAUCACCUCCCACUGAAGAUUUUACCAGUGAAGGUCUCUGCGAUGGUAGAAAAGCACAGGUAGAGAUUAUUAGGUUAUCAGGAUUAGGUUGAUCAGAAAGACAAUAUCUACCAUGAGACAAGAUUUGUCAUAAAGUCAUUUUUGCUGAAUGUUUGUAAAGGUAUCUUUUAUUAAUAUGUCUGGGUAUAUGAGGCCACUGGGUGCAACACUGCAUAUCAAUGAGCAGGCUGUGUUGGGGCAAUGUUGGAUGUACUGGAUUAUUGCAUCAAUGUGAUAAAGUGCUCUGAUUUUAUUUAUGCAAGUUAUUAUGUGAGCUUGUUCCUCAGGGCACAUAUUAAUAAGCUUGAAAAAUACAAGGGUGGCGGGAUAUAUUGGGAAUGGUGUGCUAUGACUUUUGGUAGCAAUGUGGCUAAAUCUUUUUUUUCUACAAAGAAUGGGAACUCUUUCACAAAGCGCUAUUGACAGACGGUGAGUUAAUGCAAAACAUUUGCAUUGAAGAUGUAUUUGUUCGAUGUGUUACUAAAAUAUUUGAUUGAUAACUCGGUCUUUCUUCAUCUUAUUGUCAUCUCAUCCUAUCUCUGUAGCUGCCGCUGCCUCAGUUUCCUUUUAAAGAGGCACACUUAAGUUACAAGAGCCCAUUGACAUACAAUCACAAAUCAGGAUUAACAGCAUACAAACUACAGGGCUUGGCAUCCUGUUUCAGACAGCUAACACAUUAGUCACCAAUUGGAAAGCGGCAUAGUAGGCACUCCUUUUUAUUACACCUUUUUAAAGCCCUGAACAUGUCUUCACACUUUGUGAUUUUUUUUUUUUUAGAAACGUUUAAGUUUUUUUCAGGGUUUCCCACACAUUCAUUUAUUUGUAGCACACCACAACAAUAUCAGCAUUUGCUGCCAGAUUUAAAUCUUUCUGGAGCUGUGUUUCUCUCUCUUUCUCUCUCGUGGCAGAGCGAGAUCUGGGCACAGUUGGACAAACAGAGCGCCAAGUGCAGUAAAAGUAAAUGACAGUUUGGAAACAAACUACGAAACACGACUUAUCUAUCUAUUAAGAUGAAACCAGCUGUGUUUGCAGGGAAACCUUGCACCCCGCGGUCCAACUCUGAGUUUAACCAGCAAAAAAGCUGCAUUCACUCGCCUCUGCAGCAGCUGCUCCUCUAAACCAUCAAUCUGAUCAGAUCAGCUGUGACCGAUCGGACCUAAAACAGCAGUUUGUUCCUUAAUUCUCUACCCUGCAACUCAAAUUCAACAAACUGCUGCUGAGAAAAAAGUAAAAGUCGUGAAGAAUUCCCACCUGUGAUUCAUUCAGCAAAUGCAAAAAACACCAAAUUCAGCGAGGGGACACAUCAUGAUCACAGAGGGAGACACACACACACAAAAUAAGAGGGUUUGCCUAUCUAACAUACCUCAAACAUUUUUUAAGUUUUUGUUUUGUUUUUAAAAAUUCCAUUUUUAUAUUUAACAAAAUAAGUCAAAUGCCACUCAUGAGCAAGUGAUGCUACUCGAACUCUACAGGGCUGACCCUGAUGAUGAUGGAAAUGUUAACAUGGUGACAAAACUGAUAAAGGUUUCAAUAAGUUUAAAGUGGUGGGAAAUGGAUGAUCAGAUCGUUCAUAAUGCUGAUUUUGAACACAAUGACUUUCAUAAGAUGUGAUGAUGUUUUUUUACAGAUACCAUAAUGCUGCAUUUUUACUUUUUGUGAUGUAAUUUAUUUUGUGAGAUCACUGGAUUAACAGGUAGAAAAAAGGAGGUUUGGAUUGAUAGAGGUAGAGGGGUAGUGUGACUUCAGAGUUUGUGUUACGCUAUGUUAGCCGUAUGAAUGUCAACAAAAUAAAUGAAAUGAAAAUGUAAUGAACGUCCGUAACGGACACCAAAUCAAUAACUUGUGUGGUGUUUAUUCUGAUUAUUCUGAUUGUGGGAGCAAUAAAAUAUAAGUGAA